AUGCUCAUGUCUGACAAUGCGGAAGAAGGGGAUCAGUUUGGUACCGCCGCAAGAAUAUCUGGAAAGCAACACGGCAGCCGGCAGCAACCGCAUGCCCCGGCAACUUUGUGGUGUUCUUGGGUGAAGGAAGUGGCAGAGACGUUCCCGUUACCGGUAGCCAGCAUGUACUAUCUCUUGGAUUGCGUACAUCGCUCGUCAGCUGGGGUUUGUCCGGCUAGUAGUACUCCGAGUAGUCGCAUCGCUCCCAGCACCAAUACUGCCGUUACGGAUACCGUAAAAGGCACUAUAGUGAUGCGUUGUCUUUGGCAUCAGUUCCGCGUGGGCAGUAUGCUAUGA